GGUGACAGCGCGGCCAUGCUGCGCAACGGGGCGGCGGGAGGCGGCGGGGCUGCGGCGGGCGGCGGCCACCGGCCCGUGCGCGUCUGGUGCGACGGAUGCUAUGACAUGGUGCACUAUGGCCACUCGAACCAGCUGCGCCAGGCGCGGGCCAUGGGCGAUUACCUGAUCGUUGGGGUCCACACGGAUGAGGAAAUUGCCAAGCACAAGGGCCCUCCUGUCUUUACACAGGAGGAGAGGUACAAAAUGGUGCAAGCCAUCAAGUGGGUGGAUGAGAUUGCUCCUGGAGCUCCUUAUGUCACCACGCUGGAAACGCUGGACAAAUACAGCUGUGACUUCUGCGUGCACGGGGAUGACAUCACCUUGACUAUCGAUGGCAAGGACACCUAUGAGGAAGUGAAGACAGCAGGGCGAUACAGGGAAUGCAAACGCACUCAGGGGGUGUCCACCACUGACCUUGUUGGCCGCAUGCUGCUGAUGACAAAGGCUCACCACAGCAACAUCGAUGAGGACCUAGACUAUCGGAAACACACUGACAACUUUGGGAAGGGGCCCAAAGGUCACAGUCCCUGGACUGGGGUCUCRCAGUUCCUCCAGACAUCCCAGAAGAUCAUCCAGUUUGCAUCAGGGAAGGAGCCUCAGCCAGGGGACACCAUCAUCUAUGUGGCAGGAGCCUUCGACCUGUUCCAUGUUGGGCAUGUGGAUUUCCUGGAGAAGGUUCACCAGCUGGCAGAGAAGCCCUAUAUCAUUGCUGGGCUGCAUUUUGACCAGGAGGUGAAUCGCUACAAAGGGAAGAACUAUCCCAUCAUGAACAUCCACGAGCGAACUCUCAGUGUCCUGGCGUGCAGGUACGUCUCAGAGGUGGUGAUUGGAGCUCCCUACGCUGUCACUGCUGAUCUGUUGGAUCAUUUCAGGGUAACCCUUGUUUGUCACGGGAUGACUGAGGUGGUGCCAGACAAGGACGGUUCUGAUCCCUACGAGGAACCAAAGCAGCGUGGCAUUUUCCAGCUGGUGGACAGUGGCAGUAAUCUCACCACAGAUCUAAUUGUGCAAAGAAUCAUCAAGAACAGGCUGGAGUUUGAAGCUCGCAACCAGAAGAAAGAAGCCAAGGAGCUGGCUGUGCUGGAGGCCAUGAGGAGGCUGGAGGAGGAGAAGCAUUAGGCUGCAGWGUGGGUGUGUGAGCUGCAGCCCCGGGACAGUGACAGCUCCUGAGGAACGGAGCCUGCAGGGAGCAGCACUGCUGGCACACACAGGAUCUGCUGUCCUGCCCUCGCUCUCCGAGCUCCUCCUGCACUGAUUGUGCAGACAUAACGAGUUGGGAUCCUGCUGCCUAGUUUUACUUCCGUUAAUCAGYCCCUGUCCCCUUUCCCAGGAGAUUUGACAAAA